CAAAACACCUCUUCCUUUUAGCUCUGAAAAAAACUUUCAGAGAGAAAUGGAGGGAAGCUCUGUUCUAAACUUUCCUUCUUCAAAAACCCAUUUCAAAGUUACUUCUCAUAAAUUAUAUUCUCCUUUCAAACAGACCCAAGUUGUUAAUUUUCAUCCUAAACAGUUUAGAAAUUCUAAUUCUAUCUCGAAAACCCAUUUCCUUUUAUCCUCAACUCGUAGUAUUAGUAAAUCCAUUCUCUCUCCAUGUCUUGCUGUUGCAGAACCAUUGGAGACUAUUACAAAUAAUAAUUCUUCUGCUAAAGAUAAUUUGCCAAAAAUCGAUAAAAGUGGAAGGUUUUGUAGUCCCAGAGCUGCUAGAGAACUCGCACUAUCGAUAGUGUAUGCCUCCUGCUUAGAGGGGUCAGACCCAAUUCAACUCUUUGAGAAGCGAUUAAAUGUUAGAAGAGAACCAGGUUAUGAAUUUGACAAGUCAUUGUUACUGGAGUACAAUCACAUGACCUUUGGUGGUCCUCCUGUCUCGACCCAGACAGAAGAAGAAGCUGAGGAGCUGCUGCACAAGAGUGAAAAGGAGUCUGCAAUUGAAGCAGAAGUGCUAUCAGCUCCACCAAAAUUGGUUUACAGCAAACUCAUUUUGCGUUUGACAAAGAAAAUGUUGGUUGCUAUUGUGGACUCUUGGGAAAAGCAUGUUCUUGUUAUAGACAAGAUAGCACCUCCAAAUUGGAAGAAUGUGCCUGCAAGCAGGAUAUUGGAGUUAUGCAUUCUUCACUUGGCAAUGUCGGAAAUAACAGUUCUUGGGACACGCCACCAGAUCAUUAUUAAUGAAGCGGUUGAUCUUGCAAAACGAUUCUGCGACGGAACAGCUCCACGUAUAAUCAAUGGAUGCCUAAGAACUUUUGUCAAGAAUCACUCUGGAAUAACAAACGUAGCGCAACCAUUAGAAGCUAGACGCCAAAAUAAGUAGUUCUACUUAUUAUCGUUGUUGGUGUUGAUGAGAAAAAAGUUCAAAGCUACUUUUGAUACCUGAGGAUGUCUGAGUAUGGUCCUUGUGAACCUCACAAAGUAGUUUAACUAUGAAAUGCCUCGUCGACUUGAUCAGCCUGAGUUGGUUGUGUAGGAGAGAGACGAGAAGUUAAAACCACGUAAACCAAAUUAGAUUUUCAAGAUGAGGUAGGAAAUUUUGUUUUCCACCUUACCAUUAGAAAUGGUGGGUUUUGUACUAGAAAAUGUAGUAAGAUUUAUGACUUUAUGUUUACGUGCAAUAUAAAAAUGCAACAGUUUGGUA